ACUCAUACCAUGAAUGCGGAUAAAGACUUUGGCCCGCAGCGAGCGGGCGUUUUCGACUUUACAAUUCUUUUUGAACAAAGUAUUUUGUCUCUCCUCCCGACUGGUCUGUUCAUCUUGCUUGUGCCGCUGAGAUUCUAUGUACUCUGGAACAAUGAAAGGGUCACCAAAUCUGAACCCUUGUUGUGGGCAAAAAUGGUCACGAUCGCCAUUUAUGCCAGCCUUCAAACCGCUUUACUUGUCCUCUGGUGCCGACAAAACUCGACAAAUACAGCCAUCGCUGAGCCUGUCCUUGGCUUGAUCGAAUCUUUUGCACUUGCCGCUUUGUCGUUCGUUGAACACCGAAACUCAAAGAAACCGCCGAAGUUGAUCGGGGCAUUUCUCGUCGUCACCAUCAUCCUCGACAUUGCCCUCGUCCGAACCUUUUGGAUACGAUCGAUGCGGACAAUUGCAGCUGUAUUCACUGCCUCAUUCGUAAUUAAGACGAUUCUCUUGAUUCUCGAAGAAACACCAAAGAGCCUACUCAACGAAAAAGAAAAGAUACACGAGACCUCAUCAGGAGUGGUCAACAGGAGUUUCUUCUGGUGGUUGAAUGGACUCUUUCUGCAAGGCCAUCGCACCAUUCUCGAGACCGAAGACUUACAGGCGAUAGACUCAAAGUUUGAUACAGACCAUGUAUCAGCGCCGUUGGAGAAACAAUGGGAACGAGCCCGCAAUAGUGGCCAGCCCAGUCUCUUGAAAUCCACUUUCCUCGCAUACAAGUGGCAAUUCGCUGCCGGUAUCAUCCCUCGACUCCUUCACAGCGGCUUCAACUUUGCGCAGCCCUUCCUCAUCCAAUCCGUCAUCGUGCUCGUCAGCAAAAAGGAAAUGUCGGUCCAAAUUUCCAGCGGGCUCAUCGGAGCAACAGUCCUCAUCUACCUCGGCCUUGCCAUUUCUGGCGCCUGGCACAAACACAUGUCUUACCAGUUGGUGACUAUGUACAGAGGUGGAUUAGUGUCUUUGAUCUUCAAGAAGACGCUCAAGCUCAAGACCACGUCCAUCAAGGACUCUGCACCUGUUACACUCAUGACGGCGGACGUGGAGACUAUUGUUGCUGCCGGAGCCUCGGUCCAUGAUAUGUGGGCAAACAUGCUUGAACUUCCUGUGGGGAUUUAUCUGCUUUAUCGUCAAGUUGGUAAGCCUAGCUUGCUUGUGCUGGUUCCAACCGUCAUCACAACGAUCCUCAGCGGCAUCAUCUCUCCAGCCAUGGAGCCAGCGACAGUGAAAUGGAAUGAAGCUGUUCAGAAGCGAGUUGGUGAAACAUCAAGCAUGCUCAAUCAGAUGAAAGGCAUCAAAAUGAUGGGCUUGACAGAUUUCUUUCGCAAAAUGGUCCAGGGCCUAAGAGUCAAAGAGCUCAAAGUAUCUGCCAAGUUCCGAUGGUUGCUCGUCUACUUCAAUGCCCUUGCCAUGAUCUCUGCCCAGUUGACUCCGGUGGUUGUCAUCAUGUCUGCAAUUUACUGGACCAAAGCAGAUGAAGGCCUGAGUGUCGCAGAAGCGUUCACAUCGCUGUCCCUGAUCUCUCUUGUGACUCAACCACUUAUCAUGAUUCUCGUCUCCUUGAUGCAGAUUGCAGGUGUUGUCGGGGGCUGUGGCAGGAUUCAAGCGUUUUUGCUCCUGGAUGAGCAGGUUGUUGCUAAGGAGACAGUCGAUGUUGACGCCGUCACUGUGCAGAACGCCAACUUUCAGGCGCCCGACGGAAAUUCUUUGCUCACCGAUAUAAACCUCCACAUCUCGCCCGGGACACUAAACAUGCUUGCAGGCAGGGUAGGCUGCGGAAAGUCAUCACUCUUGAGAGCGAUCAUCGGCGAGCUUAUACCAGCAGAGGGGACGGUCAAGACCGAGGACUCUCUUGCGUAUUGCGACCAGGUACCAUGGCUCCGCAACACCACAAUUCGAGAAAACAUCGUUGGGCUGUCGCCGAUAGACGACAAGUGGCUGUCGACAGUUCUUCAUGCUUGCGCUUUGGAUGAGGAUCUCCAUCAAUUGCCCCAAGGUCAAGAGACAACUGUUGGUUCUGGUGGAGUGACUUUAAGUGGAGGCCAAAAACAGAGGGUUGCCCUUUCACGAGCUGUUUAUUCGCGAAAAAAGCUCAUUCUACUUGACGAUGUCUUCAGCAGCCUUGACAGAACGACUGCAGAUACAGUCUUCCAUCGCCUUCUGGGGUCUGAUGGUUUGCUUCGGACGAGCACUGUUGUCUUGGUAACCAGUAACGUUCAUUAUCUACCAUUCGCGGACUUUGUUACCGUGAUUGAAGACGGCCGAAUCACUCGCAAUCAAGUUCCAUACUCUCAACUUGAAGCCACCGAAACUCUAAAUACUAUCGCACCAAUCGAAACUCAGGAACCUACACAAAAGGACAUAGUCAAGCUUACUCCGAAGAAGGAAAUUGACUUGACUCGAAAGACUGGGGAUACCGAUUGUUACAAGAUAUAUGUUAAGUCAAUGGGUUGGAAAGUCAUUAGCAUCAUCUUUCCAACUUCAGUGAUCGGCGCCGUACUUGAAGCCAUGCCUCAAAUCUGGUUACGAAUAUGGACGGAAAAAGGUGAAGGCUCGAAGGAUGCCCAUUACGCAGGAGGGUAUAUAGGACUAGUCGUUGCUUCAAUGGCCCUGGCACUCCUAAACAUCGAUUACUUUCUCAUUGUAGGCGUCGAAAAAUCAUCAAACAACCUCCACGAGCAGCUUUUGAACUCUGUCUGCAGAGCCCCUUUGCAUUUCUUUACAUCAACAGAAAACGGUAGCAUUCUGAACCGCUUCAGUCAGGACAUGACACUCAUCGAUAUGUCUCUUCCACUAGCGUUCUAUCUGACACUCGAUUUGACCUUGAGAUGUCUGGUUCAAAUUGGUGUGGUAGCAUCCGGAGCCAGCUACUUUGGCGCGUUUCUCCCAAUUUCAUUCUUGGCUCUAUAUCUGAUCCAGAAGUAUUACCUUCGUACCUCUCGACAGAUGCGACUACUGGAUCUGGAAGCCAAGACACCACUCUACACACAAUUCACAGAGAUUACUGCUGGACUCGCAACUAUCCGCUCAUUCGGUUGGACAGAUGAGUUUCUGGAUGAAAGCUGUCGUAUGCUGAAUACAUCACAGAAACCUUUCUAUCUCAUGUUUUGUAUUCAGCGAUGGUUAGAACUAGUGCUGGACCUCUUCGUUGCUGGGAUGGCCAUCUUGUUAGUCACAAUUGCGCUUCGAAUUCCCGGUACCACUAGCGAGGGUGCCAUUGGGCUAGCGAUGGUCAACCUGCUAGGGCUGAACCUGACACUAACAACGGUGAUUGAUCAAUGGACGACUCUGGAGACGUCACUUGGAGCUAUUGCCAGGUUGAAAUCGUUCAUCAGCAACACCCCGAACGAAAAUAAGCAGGAUGAGACCGAAGUGCCAGACAAUUGGCCAGGGGGUAGAAUCGUGUUCGAUGGCGUAACUGCGUCAUACAGUGAUGAAUCGCAACCUGUACUUCGUGAUGUUUCUCUUACUGUUGAAGCUGGGCAAAGAGUCUGCGUAUGUGGACGUACUGGAAGUGGCAAAUCAUCUUUGAUCCUUUCAAUUCUACGUUUACUCGAGCUACAAUCAGGAAGGAUUCAUAUCGACGGCAAAGACUUAGCAUUACUAUCACGUCAACAUAUCCGAUCCCAGAUAACAACAAUCCCUCAAGAUCCCGUAAGCGUCACAGGCACAGUACGACAGAAUCUUGACCCGGAAGCACUCAUCCAAGCGGAUGAAAUCCUCAUUGAAGCUCUUAGAAAGACUACCCUAUGGGCAACCAUUGACACCCGCGGUGGACUUGAUGCUGAUCUGAGUGAGCUUGGAUUUUCAGUCGGCCAACGUCAAUUGUUUUGUCUCGCACGAGCCUUCCUCUCGCAUUCAAAGAUCGUCCUACUCGAUGAACCAACCAGCAGUGUUGACAACGCUACCGACAAAGACGUACGACGUAUCAUUCGAGAGGUUAUGCAAGGGCGAACAGUGAUUGAAGUCACUCAUCGUCUUGACUAUGUGACAGACUUUGAUCUCGCCAUUGUCAUGAAGGAUGGGCGAAUCAUCGAGACUGGCGACCCAAAGGAGUUACUCGUCCAGAACUCAGCUUUGAAGGCGCUGCGGGGAUGACAUCACUCUACUCAC